UCUUGGGGGGUCCCUGCUGACCGUGCCCCCCCCCAGCCCGCCGACUGCAGGGCCCUCAUCGAGAAGCUCAAGGGCUGCACGGACGAGCAGCUGGUGACGGAGCUGCAGCAGAUCAAGACAUGGAACAUCGGCAAGUGCGAGCUGUACCACUGGGUGGACCUGCUGGACCGGUUCGACGCGCUGCUGGCCGAGGCGGGGCGGCCGGUGGACACCAUGAGCUGGAUGCUGAGCUGCGACCGGCCCGAGCGGCAGCCCCUGAAGGCCCUGCUGCUGGCCCUGCUCAACUUCACCGCCCUGCUCAUCGAGUACAGCUUCUCCAGGCACCUCUACAGCUCCAUCGAGCACCUGACCACCCUGCUGGCCUCCUCGGACAUGCACGUGGUCCUGGCCGUGCUCAACCUGCUCUACGUGUUCAGCAAACGCUCCAACUACAUCACCCGCCUGGGCUCCGAGCGCAGGGGGCCCCUGCUCGCCCGGCUGCAGCACCUGGCUGAGAGUUGGGGUGGGAAGGAGAACGGGUUCGGGUUGGCCGAGUGCUGCCGGGACCUGCACAUGAUGAUCCCGGACAAACAGCUCAUGGACAUCAAGGCGGCGUCCCUGCGGACCCUCACGUCCAUCGUGCACCUGGAGAGGACCCCCAAGCUGAGCAGCAUCAUCGACUGCACCGGCACCGCCUCCUACCACGGCUUCCUGCCCGUGCUGGUCCGCAACUGCAUCCAGGCCAUGAUCGACCCCUCCAUGGAGCCCUACCCCCACCAGUUCGCCACGGCCCUCUUCUCCUUCCUCUACCACCUGGCCAGUUACGACGCGGGCGGGGAGGCGCUGGUGUCGUGUGGGAUGAUGGAGGCGCUGCUCAAGGUGAUCAAGUUCCUGGGGGACGAGCAGGACCAGAUCACGUUUGUGACGCGGGCGGUGCGGGUGGUGGAUCUCAUCACCAACCUGGACAUGGCGGCCUUCCAGGCCCACAGCGGCCUCUCCAUCUUCAUCUACCGCCUCGAGCACGAGGUCGACCUGUGCCGCCGGGAGUGUCCCUUUGUCAUCAAGCCAAAGGUGCAGAGACCCCCGGCCACGGCAGCCCCCGAGGGCGAGGACAUGGAGACGGACAUGGAGGUGACCGACGUGGCCAUGGAGAGCAGCCCCUCGGCCCCCCCGGCCGUGCCCAGCACCAGCUCCGGCCCCAGCAGUGCCACCCCCUCCCCCCGCGGCGGAGUGCAGUGCAUCCCCCAGCGCGCCGCCCUGCUCAAAUCCAUGCUGAACUUCCUCAAGAAAGCCAUCCAGGACCCCGCCUUCUCCGACGGCAUCCGCCACGUGAUGGACGGGUCGCUGCCCACGUCGCUCAAGCACAUCAUCAGCAACGCCGAGUACUACGGCCCCUCGCUGUUCCUGCUGGCGACCAAGGUGGUGACGGUGUUCGUCCCAGCCACCCGUGAGGUCCUGGGGUCCCUCCCCAACGUGUUCUCCGCCCUGUGCCUGAACGCGCGGGGGCUGCAGAGCUUCGUGCAGUGCCAGCCCUUCGAGCGCCUCUUCAAGGUGCUGCUGUCGCCCGACUACCUGCCCGCCAUGAGGAGACGGCGCAGCUCCGACCCCCUGG